CAUGUGUUCAAAAAGUCUACUGAUAGCAGACCAUUAGGGAGAGAUCAUAUGAGUAUCUGAGUGUGAAAUCGUGAUGAAAUGUUAUUUUGACUAAAGCUUUCGUUUCAUGAGUUUGGACCAAACCUUUGUGUUUGAUGAGCUUGGAUCAAUCUUUGUGUUUGAUGAGCUUGGAUAGAAUCUUUGUGUUUGAUGAGCUUUUGAUUGAAGCCUUAUGUUUGAUGAGCUUGGGAUUGAAGCCUUGUGUUUGAUGAGCUUGGACCAAAGCUUUGUGUUUGAUGAGCUUGGACAGAAGCUCUGUGUUUGAUGAGCUUGGACAGAAGCUGUGUGUUUGAUGAGCUUGGACAGAAGCUUUGUGUUUGAUGAGCUUGGACAGAAGCUUUGUGCUUCAUGAGCUUGAACUGAAGCUCUGUGCUUCAUGAGCUUGAACUGAAGCUCUGUGCUUCAUGAGCUUGGACAGAAGCUCUGUGCUUCAUGAGCUUGGACAGAAGCUCUGUGCUUCAUGAGCUUGAACUGAAGCUCUGUGCUUCAUGAGCUUGGACUGAAGCUUUGUGUUUGAUAAGUUUGGACAGAAACUCUGUACUUCAUGAGCUUGGACUGAAGCUUUGUGCUUCAUGAGCUUGGACAGAAGCUCUGUGCUUCAUGAGCUUGGUAAUGGGAAUAUACGGCCUGGAGAGUGUUGUGUGCGAUAGAAUGACCUACUCGAAACGUCGUAACUCCUGCCCGCCCCAGGCGUUCAGUUUUGUCAGCGGUCCCGAGUGGCAGAGCCUUGUGGCGCAGCACAGUCGUCUCCGCCACCGCAACAGCAACCGUAACAGCCUAGACCUGUCCUAUCAUCCAGGUUCGCCGGUGACCUUUCACCCCGUCCAUGGGGACAACGUACAUCUAUGCAAUGAUCGACGCACUGCUAAACGUGGGGACAGUUUCUGCAAGGGGAUCUGCUUCAGCAACCGCCCUAUUGCUAUCGGGGAACGAGUAUUUUUAAAGUUUGUUGACACAUCAGGAAGUUGGAGUGGAGUGCUAAGGUUUGGAUUUACGAGCAUAGAUCCAGGGACAUUACGAGGGGAGGAUUUACCGAGGUAUGCUUGUCCUGAUAUGACAAAUAAGCCUGGUAACUGGGCUAAAGCUCUUGGUGAGAGAUACGCAGUUGCGGGGAAUGAACUAUUUUUCUAUGUGACUCGCUCAGGCGAUGUGUUUUAUGGCGUGAAUGGGGAGGAGAAAGGGUUUUUCUUCGGUGGCGUGAACACUAGUGGUAGGUUGUGGGCUUUGAUGGACAUAUACGGCAACACAGCAUGUGUAGAGUUCAGCAAUCCCAUUCAGCAGCCCCUGAAUAACUUGGUUACCAUGACAUCUGGCUCUCCAAUGGGAUCAACAGCUACCAGACAACCAAACCACAGCAUGUCCUCAUCACACGUGACUUCAUUGACAAUCUCCGAUAAUCGGCGAAACAAUCGUGAGGCGAACUUACGUGUCUCUGUGUCCCAAUUUCAUGGGAAUUGUGAAUUUUCACCUCUCCCUUUUCACAAUUUGUGCGGACGCAACAUUCAUGUGUCUCCAGAUCAUUUAUCAGCAACUAGAACUAAAGACGAAUUUUGUAAUGCUUAUGUGUUUUCAUCCCGUCCAAUAAGAUGCGGAGAAAAAAUAGUGCUACAGGUUCAAGGGGUUGAUCGGUCAUUUCUAGGUGGGCUAGCUUUCGGGUUUACGUCAUGUGACCCGGCGACUUUAAAAGCAGAGGAUCUCCCGGAUGAUGCCGAUAUGUUGUUGGAUCGUUUGGAAUACUGGGUUGUUAACAAAGACGUGUGUCGAAAUCCCGAAAUGGAAGAUGAACUAAGUUUCUAUCUGACAAACGAAGGUGAGGUACAGUAUGGGAGGAACAACCACAAGGUGUCCACACUGAUGCAUGUGGACCGCACACUACCGCUUUGGGCUUUCUUUGAUGUGUACGGCAAUGUACAGAAGAUCAAAAUGAUUGGUGUAACAAUCCCGCCUCUCCCGCCGGUCAUUCCUCCACGCCCGAUGCCAAGGUCAAGGUCAACGUCCAGUGCCCUCAUGGUGACCCUGCCUCCCCCGCCGUCCCACCGCUUCUCCAUGAUACCCCUGACCUUGAACCUCGGGGGUCAAGUGGAAAGUCAAGGUCACAUGCCCCCAACAAUGUCAAGGAGCAUAAGUCAACCUGCCGUGCCUCUCGUGCCUGGGUCGCCCUUGACCCAUACACUUGUUCACCAGUCCAUGCCCCCUACCCCCAGCUCAAUCAGCGACCCCAUAGCUGACAAUGAGAACAACGAGUGCAAUGUAUGCUACGAACGACCUGUCAAUGCCGUGCUGUACACGUGCGGACAUAUGUGUAUGUGUUUUGAAUGCGCGCAGGCUGUGAGGAAGGAACGCAACCCUUUGUGCCCGAUUUGCAGACAGGAAAUUAAAGAUGUGAUUAAGAUUUAUCGAUCAUAGUGUGAGGUAUUUUAAAGGAUACCCGUUUGAACAUGAUUGUAAUACUUCGGUUAAAGUUUAAAAUGCAUUCACUUUUAAGAAAUGUUUUGGCUUUUUUCUGGCCCUAUUUGGGUUUUACUGCAAUACUGUAAAAUAUUGGAAAGUCUAACAGGGCUCGAAUUUAACGUUUUUUUUUUACUUGCAAAAUAUUGCAAGCAGCAACAAUACCAACUCGCAAAAUCAAAAACAUUCUCACAAAUUUUGCUGGAAACAUAAAUAAAAGCAAGUUUGGACAUUAGUUUAGUACUAUUAAAACAAAAUAAAAUAUGACAUCAACAACAAGUUUUAGUUAUAUAUUAAGUUCCUUGUCCCACUUUUUCACUGUUUUCGUAGAAGGAUUUAAUUUCCCUUGUUUUUUUCUAACUCAACGGUUAAUGUUGCUUUAUAUUUUGUAUUGUUAUUUCCGUCUGUUGGCAAAAAGAAACUAGUUAUUUUUUGCUUCAACGCCAUGUCUGUUCAAGUUUCAUGUCUCUUAUAAUGAACAUGUGUGAAUAAUCGACUGUUUCACGUUCUUUGUACCAAUACCAUCCGCAUAUCUGUACUAUAAGUAUACCAGUCUACAUACAAGGUGUGCGCUUCCGCAUACGGGGUUCGGACGUUCUUUAAAUUGACCUGCGGUUAAGCAAUCGGUAUUUUUCACUCGCAUUUUGCAAGUGUACGAGUGUUAAUUUCGAGCCCUGGUCUAAUUUCAUAUCAACUAUUGAUUGUCUCCAAUUAGCUUUCUAGUUUGAUCAUCUAUUACAUAAUGAAUCUCACUAUUAAGUUUGUUGUAUUUUACUUUUGCCCAUUAGUGGGCAUUUGUAUUUGAUACUUUUGAUCUGUUAAGUGUUCACAUUUGUUUAUUUUACUUGGUUCUUUAAUUUUACCUCAAAUAAAGUUUUUUGUCAUUUGCAUAAAUACUACAGUCUUUUUAAGUUUAUUAAUGCCAUAUCUUACUUACUACAGCACGUGCGGCUGAUUUUCUAUGAAGCCUUUAGCCAAUGUCUCAUAGUCACUUGACAUGUUGUUUCAAUCUUUUGAUCUGUUUUCAAUUGUUGUAUUUCGAACUUGAAUAGUCCUUACAUUAAGACAUAUCUUUGUUUUUUGAUAAAGAUUAUUUAUAUGAGACAGCCCCAUUGAUUCAUUAGUGUGUUGAUAUACAUUUAUAUCUUAUUCAGUCCUUUUAAUCAGUUUUUUUUUACUAAAUCAUGCUGCAGAUACAUGUAUAAAUGUUGCUAUUCUUUGCUUAUUUUCAAUCAAGUUUAUAACUGGUCUGUAGUUUGUUAUGUCUCAUUCAUUGUUAUGAUGUAAAUUAUUAAUAUUUAAGCAGUUGUUAUUCUCAUACAUGUGUAAUUAUCAUAAUGAAGUUGUUCACUGUAUCAGUACAGGGCCUGUCUGUAUGGAAUAGUUCAAGGCAUUUCAAAAUGGCAUUAGUUCAAAUGUACGUAAAUAAUGUUUUAUAACCAAUGAUAACUUUUCUGUUUGGAAGAUAUGUAUUUGUUUGUAGGCCAGGAAAAAUAAAAUCAUGUUUAUUUACAGGGGCAAUAUUUAAGGAAAAUGAUUUUAAAAAAUGUUUUAAUUUAGAUUUGUAUAAAGUUUGUGACGUAGUGUCUUGUAGCACAUUGAAUGUAUGCGUUUUCAAAUGAGGUGGUUGUAUACCAUUAAGUGCAAUUAAAUGUGAUAUUUCUAUAUAUUGUGGGUGAAUGAAGCUAACAGAUUUGAAUGGCUUACAUAUGAGCUUUGCUCUGGGAAAAUGGGGCUUAAUGCCUGUGGGUAAAAGGUCAUCCCAGAUUAGCCUGUGCAGUGCACACAGGUUAAUUGAGGAUGACUUCUUCCACUUUAUGCACACGCAUAAAUCUUGAUAUUCCCAGAACGAGGCUCAUAUUUUUAAAAAUAUAUUUUAAAUUAGUGCUUGUGGUGUUAAAAAAUAUGUACAUAAAAACUUUUUAUAAUCGAAGACCACAAAUAUCAACCACUGCUUUAUAUUUGCUGAAAGGACAUGUUAUAGAGAGUCAUGAUGAAAUUUUGCUGUUAUAUAUUUAUUAUCAUGCUGUUGCAAUGGUUAUUACACGUUUCUUACAUGAUGUUUCAUUAUCUGAUUGAAUACAUUUUGCAAUAAAU